AAGCCUUCGUUAACUUUUGGGCUUCCUGUUGUAGUAAUCCGCAGGUUAUACAGAUGGAUUGAUAUUGCAAUAAUGGGAACUCCUGUGUUUCCAUCUUAUUCCUAACGAAUUUCCUUCAUUUUUUUUGUCAGUCACUGUUAACUUUUUUUGGGAAAGAACAAGUCGUGAACAUUGGGCUGUUACUUCUCUUGCUUUUUCAUCUGCGAUCUUAAAAGACUUUUGAGAGUUUCCCUGCAUUGUUCAUUAGUUCAUUAAAACAGAGGAAGAUGAGUCGCCCACCAUCUUCACAGAACCUUGUGUUUGGGCCUUGGGAGAUGAAGGAACGCCUUGGGACAGGAGGCUUUGGCAAUGUCAUGAGGUGGCAAAACAAGGAAACUGGAGAGCAAAUUGCGAUCAAGCAGUGCCGCCAGGAGCUGAGUAUGAGGAAUCGUGAAAGAUGGUGCUUAGAAACCCAGAUCAUGAAAAGGUUGAAUCAUCCUAAUGUAGUGGCUGCAAGGGAAGUGCCUCCUGAAAUACACAUUGUGACACCGAGUGACUUACCACUUUUGGCGAUGGAAUACUGCCAGUGUGGGGACCUGCGCAAGUAUCUGACAAAUUAUGAAAACUGUUGUGGAAUGGCAGAGGGAGCCAUUCUUCCUCUUCUGUCAGACAUAGCAUCUGCAUUGAGGUAUCUUCAUGAAAACAGAAUCAUUCACCGAGAUCUUAAACCAGAAAACAUUGUGUUACAACAGGGAGAGCAGAGGUUAAUCCAUAAAAUCAUUGAUCUGGGCUACGCUAAAGAAUUGGACCAAGGCAGCCUUUGCACUUCCUUUGUUGGGACUCUUCAAUACUUGGCACCUGAACUACUGGAACAGCAGAAGUACACAGUGACAGUCGACUACUGGAGCCUUGGCACCCUGGCAUUUGAGUGUAUUACCGGAUUCCGACCAUUUUUGCCAAACUGGCAGCCAGUUCAGUGGCAUGCGAAGGUGAGAACAAAGGGUGAUAAAGACAUUGUCGUUUAUGAGGAUAUUGCAGGUGAAAUAAAGUUUUCUGACCGAUUACCUCAUCCAAACAAUCUCAACAGAGUUUUGGCUGAACGAUUAGAGGAGUGGUUGCAUACUAUGCUGAUGUGGAAUUCAAAGAAACGAGGCACUCAUCCCUCAUAUGGUGCUAAUGGCUGCUUUCAAGCUUUAGAUGACAUUCUGAACCUUAAGUUUGUGCAUGUUCUGAACAUGGUGACUGCUGUGAUGGACACCUACACUGUAGCAGAAGAUGAGAAGUUGCUGUCUCUUCAGCUUCGUAUUCAUACAGAUUCUGGCAUUUUGAUAGAAAAUCAAGAACUUCUACUUGAGACCGGCAUCGCCCUAGAUCCAAUGAAACCUGUUUUGCAGUCUAUUAUGGAUAGUAAGCUCAAUGAGGGACGUAGAACAGACAUGACGAUUUUGUUUCUUUUUGACAGAAGUAAAAAAAUCUAUGACUAUAAGGCACCAGUCCUGCCUCAAGCAGAAUAUGUCAAAUUCAUCUUACAAGAUCCGAGGAAGGUACUGCCGUACACAAACCUUCGUAGGGCAUGGGGCCAGGCAUGGCAUACAGUUCGAAGCCUAAAAAUGGACUACUACAGGCUGAACCAGGGUCAACAAGCUGCAAUGAUGAACCUGCUUCGCUACAACAGUAACCUGUCUAAGCAGAAGAACUCUAUGAUAUCUACUUCUCAAAAGCUCAAAGCAAAGCUGGACUUCUUUAAAACCAGCAUACAGAUCGACCUUGAAAAGUACCGGGAGCAGAUCGACUUUGGCAUUACAUCAGAAAAGCUGAUUUCUGCCUGGAGAGAGAUGGAGCAGAAAGUGGAAGGUUGUGGCAGGGCUGCAGAGGUUGCCAGCCUGGAAGAAGCAAUGAUGCAGUUUCAGACAGAUAUUGUAGAUCUUCAGAAGAACACAGGGGUACGGCGACAUGAAGUCUUUGAGUCUCUGGAGGCUAAAGCAAUGGAACUGUACCGGAAAAUGCGAGACCAGCGGAAUGGAGGAGACAGCCAGGAAAUGGCACGGAUUGUACUACAAACCAUACAGAACUAUGAAAAGAGAGUCUGUGAGGUCUAUACUCAGUUAAGCAACAUUGUGGCAUGUAAGGAGAAAGUGAUUGAGCUUCUACCAAAGCUUGAGGAGGUGGUAAGCCUGAUGAAUGAAGACGAGUCUGUGGUAAUUAAACUUCAGGAGAAGAGACAGAAAGAACUCUGGAACCUGCUGCGGAUAGCCUGUAGCAAAGUGCGCAGUCCUGUCAGUGGAAGCCCUGAGAGCAUGGGUGUGUCACGACCGAGCACCAGUAACCAGUUCCUGUCACCACCUCAAGGCUUAAUAUGCACCCCUGCAGCAGAACCAGUCAAGAAAAGUAAUGAGUCACUUUUGGAAGUCCAGGAAGCUCUGAGUCUGUGUAGCAAGCUGGAAACUACAAUGCAGGAUACUGUCAGUGAGUUAGAUCAUAGCUUAAUGUAUUUGGACUGGAGUUGGCUGUCUUUGAGAACAUCACAGAAUGCGGUUGAACAAACAGACAUGUAGAGAAGAUUGCACAACGGAUCUCACUGAUAAUGAUUGUUAUAAUGGGCCAUAGUCUUGUAAAGUAUGUAAAGUGAAUUGGACCUCUUUUUUUAAUUCAAACUCUCAGAAACCUACUACCAUAAGCCUGUACAGGAAGUAUUCCCAGACCUGGCCUAGGGCUUCAUGCAACCCACACUAUUCAUUCUUCUGACAAACUGAAGAAACUGAUGGCAAAUAGUACCACAACAUAGCAGAUUAAGGAGUGACGUCAUUUUUAUUGUCUUGUUUCUUAAGAAGUGCCUUUUGUACAUUAAAGUGACUGGUAUAACUGAAUCCAUGACUCUCAGUUUCUCAUGUGACAAACUGCCAACGUUCCUUAGUGUUGUGGUUCUCUGAUGAAAUUUGAAGCACUGAGUUAUCUGUGUCAUUGCUCCUAAACAUACAACCGGAGUAUUUAUGAUUUUUUUUUUUCUG